AUGAAGGCCCUGCUCUGCUGCCUGCACUGUGAGGAUGUGGUGCAUUCAGUGGACCACAAUCGUGGCUGGGCGAGGCUCCUCAACGCUCGCAGCCGCCGCUACGCAGUGGCUGUGCUGGCCAGGGAGAUGCGCCGUGUCUCCAGCCCCUUGUGUUCCCGCAUCACACUCCACCUGCUGGAGCUGCUGAGCAGGGAGGAGCCGUGCUGGGACCUCCCUGCCAUGGCAUUCCUUGUGGAGGUCCUGGACUGCCUGGACACCAGAGAAUGCGGUGACAGAGUCCUGGAGAUCCUCUCAAGGAACCUGGGGAGCACAGACAAAAAGUGGCGUCAGCUGGGGCUCAGAGUCCUCAUAGCGCUCAGCCAGGAUCCCGUGAUGGCCAAGCGCAUCUGGAGCCUGUUGGAUAUCCUGGUGCAGCUCCUGGGGGAUGAGGACAGAGAUACAGUUUGGAUGACCCUCUCUGUGCUCGACAAUGUGCUCUGGAGCAGUGUCUGGACACAGCUGCAGAAGAGGGUCCGCAGCAAAGACCCUCUAAUAUCCACCCCCACCGGCCUGCAGUUGGCUGAGGCGCUCCGGCCACUCUUUGACCACGAGGACAGCAGUGUGCGGGAGGGCUCCAUGGUCAUCUUCACACGUGUGAUGACACUGAUAGUGAGAGCGGGAAAAAGACCCCUGAAGCCACACGUGUGCCUGAGCCUGCUCCCGCUCUACUUCCACCGGCACGAUGAGAACCCGGUCGUGAAAAAGGCCUCUCGGAAAGCACUGCUGGAUGUGACCAGGUUCCUGAAGAGGAGGGAUCUUGGGCGCCUGGUCAACACAGAGGAGCCAUGGAGUUUUGGCGAGUGCCUGCUGAAACCGGAAAUACUCUGCAGAGAUAGCAGAAAGUCAAUAGGAUACUGCAGCUGA